UAGAGUGGCGCGCAAAAUGACAACUUAACCUCAAUUCAAAUAGUGUACGUUGUGCAGCAGGUUAAAACUGUUUAAUAUUUAUUUAUUAGGACUAGUUAGAUAGGGAAUUGUAUGAUAUUAUGGAAGUACGUAACAGUGAUCAUGCAGCUGCAGUUCCACAAAGCAGUCAUGUGCCAUAUACACCCCGCACGCCGAGAAUACGCAGACAGCAGUUUAGUUUGGGUUUAAGGCAAUCUAUACCGGCAAGAGAAGAUGUAGAAGCUGAAAUUAACGAUGGAAUUGAAAUGCUAGAGUUACUGGAUCAGUCAUGGGUAGUAUACGGAGUGUCGCUGCUGUUUGGUCUUCAGUACGACAACAAAUUGAUGCUGAAGCUAUAUGGAAAAAAAUUGAGAGAGGAGGUAGCGAGCACGUUGUCGCAUGACAAUGUAUCGUACGAUGCUAAAUUUUCUGUCAUGGAAGGCAUUAAAGUCAGGCCUGGACCUCCAGCGAUUAAAAUAGUAGUAAACUCAACAUCUGCUGACGAUAAGAAGGUUGAAAAAUGUAUUUACAAAGGUAUCUUUGUCUCGUGGCCAAAUGAGCCGGAGGAGUCUAACAAUAAGAACUUUGUGAAGCUUCCGAUUCUCUUGUGCAAAGGAUCCCAAAGUAUUAUUAAAGCUAUAAACGUCAUAAUAAGUCGCAUGUUCGAUUGUAUGAUAAUUCCGCUACCUGCAUCGGAAGUUGAUCUUCUGUGGUUAAUUCCAAUCCUGCUGAGUUUAGAUCUCGAGUGGCAAAGCGAUACUCAAGAGCUCUUGAUGGAAUAUAAAAUUCCAGGAUAUCCAGAUUCCGACAGCAUAACUGUGAGGCAUCGACUAUGCGAUGUACUGAAACUCUGGACUGGCAUUUGCCAAGAGAAUAAACACCUGGAAAACAGAGAGAAUAUCAUGGUUGAAGAUAUGGAGAGGUUUCAUGACAUUUUACAAAAGCAUAUGUUACGAAUAUCGGGCCUUCAAUUAGGAUUGUGCAACUUGAAUAAAAUUCAGUUACCUUACUUGAUGAUGAUGAAUAACAAGAUGAAGGUGAAACAUACCGAUGUAAUGGACCAGGUACUGAGAUAUCUACACGAGGAAGCUGUCACGAUGCUUCACUUUAUACAAAUGGAUUCUUUAUCAACUGACAACAGCGAUUCUUAACUCUAGUAUUUUUAUAACAUUACGAAUUGAGGCAUUUGCAAGAAUUGUGGGUGGUUGAGUGUCGUGUCAAGGUAAAGGAACAUUG